CAUCCUCAACAAAACGUCAAGUCUCAGCUGUGAACCACAAAGGUGAUGAUUGACUGUUUGACGUAGUGCUUCUGAUUACAUUCUUUGAUUUCUACUGCAUUACGAUAGAAAAUCCCAGAGAAUUCUUAUACAACCAAUUCUUAUUAUACAGGAAGCAAAUCUUACAAUAAUGAGUGAAUUAAGUCAAGAAGAGAUAAGAAGACGACGGCUGGCAAGGCUAGCAGCACUAGGUGGAACUGGGCCGUCACCAACUACUACCAGUCCACCAGUUACACCUAGCGCAUCUGUACCAUCUGAUGCCAUAAGUCCGUCACAGCCCAACAGAAAAUCACCAUCACCAAGGACAUCUGCAGAAAAUACCCCAAAAAAUAUAAACAAUGAAGAAAAUUACACAGAGAGUACAAAUGAAGUGUCAGAACAGAAUCAAAUACCAGCUGUUGGUUUGAUAGUGACUGAAAAAACAGAAAACUUAUUAGAAGAAAUAUCUGAUACAAAAAUGACAGAUCUAUCACAGACAAGGCAGUACAACAGUUUUGACUCUAUGGGUGAUGAUGCUUUGUUGACUUGUGGUUCUGUUAGAGUGGGACCCUUGCCUCAGUCAACUGUAACUGGUUCAGAAGGUGUCUCUAAUAGAGAAGAUAGCACAUCAAGAUCCAUUUCCCCACCUCAGUUUGUUGAGCCAUCUCCAGUAAGACAAAGGACAAACAAUGCUUCUCCAAGCUGCUCAAGGCGAUCACUCUCAAUGGAAGUAGAUGAUGUAUCUGAACGAAAUUCACAGUCAGAUACUCAACAAGAACCAAUGGAGGUUGAGGAUGGUGACUCUUUACAAUCACCUGCCCGCAAGAUACAACGAUCAAGGACAAUUAGCUCUACUGAAAUGACGGAAGAACAGCUUAGGAGUAUUAUAGCCAAUAUUUUACAAACAUCUUGGUCUGAAGAAUGUACAGGUGGUACAUUUGCACCCUCUGUAGCUGCAUCAUUGCUUGAUAACCCAAAUAUCUCUUUAGAAGAGCUAGCUUCCCAAGCCAUAAUGGAUGUAAUUGGUCAAAUAAGUGAUGGAUCAGAUCCGCUGAAUUAUAAACCUUUAGUCGCAGUACUUACGAGAGAUAGCAUGAAAGAGCUUAGUGAAGAAAAUGAUGAUGAUCCAUUAGCGAAAGAUCCAAGCACAAUUAAACCUGAGGUGGAAGAGGGUGAAUGCCCAAAACCAUCAUUACCAUUACCCAAAGACAUACCAUCACAAAGCCUAGCUGUUAGCUAUUUGGCGAAAUUCUACUACAAUAUCAAUAUUUACGAGCGUGAUUAUCCCAAGAAGAGUUCAGAACCACCUUUGAGUGACUUACUACUAAAUUUGCGAAAGAUAAUAGUGGAUCAUUUGAUACUAGUGUUGAGAGGCCAAUUCGGAUUGGUAAAGAGUCGGAAAUCUCCACUCCUGCCUUAUGUUAUGCUUUGCAUCACCCCACUUGGGCUGUUGUCUGAGUUGUUACGCGCAGUUUAUCAGGACCAAGAUGCUUUGGAAGAGGUAUUUGUACCCUUACUAAUGGGUAUUCGCGAGGAAAUGCGUCGACGUGUAUCACCCUUAAUAUGCUCCGGGGAAGGUGCAGCGUUGCGAGCUCUACGUGCGUUGUGCGAGCUUAGAGCUGGUCCGAGACACUCGGCUAGACCAAUAUGCGCACUAAUUGCCAAGCUGCCUAGCUUGUGUCCGGCUCCGGUCACCACUGCGCCUGGCAGGGAAAUAGCACGUGUUAGCUUCCUCGGACCAUUCUUUGCGAUGUCGCUGUUUGCGGAAGAGAAUCCCCUAUUCGCCGAGCGUAUGUUCGCUUCGGGGACUGACCAGAGCUUGGCUUUCGCACUGCAAAGGGAGGUGGAAGCCAGCAGAAAUACGUUGCACAAUAUUUGCCACAAUAUCCUGCUCUGCCCAGAGGCUCGGGAACCAUUUCUACUGUACUUUGCUGCCCUGCUGCAACGUAAUGAACGGCGGGCGCAAAUGCAAACCGAUGAGAGGUCUCUAGCUGGUGACGGAUUCAUGCUGAACGUAUGUUCGGUACUGCAGCUCCUGUCAGUGCGAAUUAAGAUGGAUCGCGUGUACCCGUUGUACACAUUCCAACCCGGAACUUGGCUGAACAUCCGUGACGAGACCCGGCUAUACUUCACAGCCCAGGAGGCGCAGGAUUGGCUGGAUUCGCUAAACAAGGAUCCGAGCCACACUUGGCCAGAAGCGAAGUUCCAGACAGUAUGUUGGUUCCUGACUCUGCACAUGCAUCAUGUGGCGCUCAUACCGGCCCUCAACACACACCAGAGAAGGAUUCGAGCGUUCCGUGAUCUACAAAAGGUGAUAGAGGAACUGGUGGCGGCGGAGCCACAAUGGAGAAACAGUAUGAACGCGAUGCGGAACAGAGAACUGCUGUUGAGGUGGAAAAGGCAGAUAAAGAGAUUGCACAGGUCGAAGCAGUGCGCGGAGACAGCGCUCCUCGACCCGGACCUGAUGCGGCGUGGAGUGCAGUUCUACUCGUCGGUGUGCGCGCUCCUCGUGAAGCAGCUGGAGGCGGCUGCGAGGGCUCCGCGAGACCAGCCCAGCUCCAGUGACCACGCCUUCCGCGCCACGCCAGAGUGGUACGUCGAGGACAUCGCAGAGUUCAUGCUGUUCGCCGUGCAAUACGUUCCACAAAUAGUCGCGUACUCGAUCGAGGACCCGAUCAUCACGUGGUUACUCAGCGCCAUCUGCCACUCACACCUCAUAAAGAACCCUUACCUCGUCGCGAAGAUCGUGGAAGUGCUGUUCGUGAUCAACCUCUCCCUGCCGAUGAAGCUCAAGAACGUGUACGAGAAGUUUAUGGACCACCCGAUGUCGCAGACCGCGUUGCCGAGCGCUCUCAUGAAGUUCUACACCGAUAUUGAGACGACUGGCCAGAGUACGGAGUUCUACGACAAGUUCACAAUACGAUUCCACAUUAGUAUUAUACUGAAGGGGAUGUGGGAGCGGCCUAUACAUAAACAAGCCAUCAUUCAGGAGUCGCGAUCCGGGGACCAGUUCGUCAAGUUUAUCAACAUGCUGAUGAACGACACCACAUUCCUACUGGACGAAUGUCUCACGUACCUGAAACGCAUCCACGAGGCGCAGGAGGCAGAGAACGCAAGUCCGGGCGCAGAAGCACGAAACCGUGCGCUUGCGCAGGACGAGAGACAGUGCCGCUCAUAUCUCACGCUGGCGAGAGAGACGGUAGACAUGUUGGAGUACCUGACGGUAGAUAUUAAGGAGCCGUUCCUCCGAGCAGAGCUGGUGGAUAGACUGGCGUCAAUGCUCAACUUCAAUCUGCAACAACUCUGCGGGCCCAAGUGCAAUAACCUUAAAGUGCGUCGUCCAGAAAAGUACGGGUGGGAGCCGCGACGGCUGUUAAGUCAGCUGGUCGACAUCUACUUACACCUGGACUCGCCUCUCUUCCACGCCGCACUUGCAGCUGACGAGCGUUCGUUCCGCAAGGAGUUGUUCGAGGAGGCAGCACUGCGACUCGCCAAGUCCUGCAUCAAGACCUCGUCGGAGAUCGAACGCUUCAAGGCGCUCGCUGACAAUGCAUAUCAGAUUGCUGUAUCAAAUCAGCAGAAAAACGACGAGUUUGCGGACGCACCGGAAGAAUUCCGCGAUCCGCUCAUGGACACGCUCAUGACAGACCCCGUGCUGUUGCCCUCGGGAAAGGUGAUGGACAGGUCGGUGAUUCUGCGACAUUUGCUGAACAGCGCCACAGAUCCCUUCAACCGGCAGCCACUCAGUGAAGACCAGUUGCGCCCAGCGGUGGAAUUGAAAGAAAGAAUAUCACAAUGGCAGCGUGAGAAGAAAUCAUCAUAAAUUUAUCAACUAAGUCUGAUGUACAUAGUAUGCAUAUAUUGAUACUAGCGGACUAUUGUCCAAGUAUGAAUGGGAGACGCGAAAACCAAUAAUUUUCUAUGUAAUUACAUUAUUCUAUCACCCUACCCUGUCUAUAGGCGAAAUGUUUCUAUGGACGCUGGGCUGUUAUACUCGUGAACACUUGUUUACUGGCCGACGGUCGGAUAAAGACUGACACGGAUUCGCGUUGACAAGUAAUGUAUAUCUACCCACAUUUACACUCGUGAUGAGUUCAUCUAACUACCUAGAAAGAAUCAAAUGAUCUCAUUGAAAGAUUAGAAAUUUAGUUUCAAAUUUCACGAGUAACAGCUAAAAUAACGAGUUCUAGACUGUGAUAGUGAUCACAAAUACACACGCAUUAUUGACAAUGUGUUUUAUUUUAAUAUUUAGUUCUAUAUUUAAUGUUAUAUUAUGUCCUGAUCACACGAGUUUCCACUGCAAAAUUCAAUGAAUAAAUAUAAUUCUAUUAAAUUACAAAAGUUCUAUUAGUAAAAUUAAGUUAUUUAUGUUUUAAAGCGAAAUGUCAUUUUGACAGAUAGUGAAAAAAAUUAUUUAUUUGGUAUUAGUUAGAACUUAUUUUAGAAUUGCAUUUGUUUGCGAACACUUAGUUACAUUGAAGCCUUGAAAAACAUUUCACUAAAAAUUAUUAUUAACUAAACUUAAACCAAGUUAGUUAAAAGUUAAAACUACCCUCAAAAAAUUCUAGUGAUUCAAUGAAAUAGCAAACAUGCAAUUUGAAUGAAUUUUUUUCCACGUUGCAAAUGUUUAUAAGGCGUGUUUUUUUAUUGAUCUCAUUGAUACAUUACUAGGGUCAUGACAGUAGAAUUUUUUACAGAAUAGUUAGAUAGCAUUGAACCAAGUUGUUAGGCUAAGACAAAUGUACUAUGAAGGAGUUAAAAUAAAUAGUUCCUCAGCGGCCGUCAUAGGAAUUAUAUGAGUAUUUUCGAAGCUUGACACCUUUUGCUCUUGACGAAUAUUAAAUAUAUUUAUUUAUCGAGCAAACCAGUCUGCCAAGUAAUCCAAUCUAACAAACCCUAUUGUAAAUAAGGCAGCUGUUGACUAGAGUAAACUACAUACAAUGAACGCGAAGUAAACUCAUUUCAAAUUUAAAACUUUUUGCCACUACUGAGUUAUAUGACAGGGAGAAGUAAUUUUAAACUUGGAGUAACUUUACGCCGCGUUUAAUAAUAACACAGUUAAGUGUUUAUAAACACUGUUUUUUAAUCUAUACUAAUAUUAUAAAGCUGCAGUGUUUGUUUGUUUGUUUGAACGCGCAAAUCUCUGGUACUACUGGUCCGAUUUGAAUGAUUCUUUCAGUGUUGGGUAGUCCAUUUAUCGAGGAAAGCUAUAGGCUAUGUUUUUUUUUCAAAAUUAGGGAUCCGUAAUAAAAUUGCUAUUUUGUAACACAAGGUGUAAAAUCGAAAACCUAUUUUUGCGUGCGCUGCAAAAACUAUUGACAAUAGAACAAAAUGAUGUACAGGCUAUAAUAUAGGCAAUAUUUUAUUACUUAUAAAACUAUCGCGUGAAUUAUACUUUAUAUGGCAAAACAACGUUUGCCGGGUCAGCUAGUUUAUCAUAAACGGUUUAUUCGUCUUAAUUUUUGAGCACCUGUAUUUCGACGUGGGGCGGUGGACGCGAGAUGAGUGGCGAUAAUUAUACAUACUCUAUUAUUACUUGAGCUCUCUGUCUGACUUAUUGAUCAAUGCUACAACAGCAGGCUACAAAUAUGAAAUAUUACUCAAAAGCAGCUGUUAAUGGAUGAUGAAACCCAUUGACCAUGGGUUACGGUGCUGAGUCUAACACCUAUAGAACGUACUUGAUAAGACUUUACAUACGUAAAUCUUAGCCGAGUGAAAGCUUAUCAAAAUCUUUGUUUUAUAGUCAUUUGAUAGCUGAAAUAAUGCUCAGCUUAACCUAAGACAGCCCAGCGUAAAAUUUUACUUAAGUAAAGUCUGAGCACUGUACUGUUCUGAUACGAGCUUUAUUCCUAUUUCAAAUAUACAUCACAUACGGUCGCUUAGUGUUAAAUACUUACAUUAUCUCGUCCCACGUAGUGCUAGACUUAGCAUAAAAAGACAAAACACUUUAACAAACUCAAAUAACAGGGAGUCUUUACAGUUGUUAGGUAAAAGGAUUUGGUUAUACAGCCCCAUCUCAAAAAUUCAUAUUCUGUAUAAUCAUUAAGCCUGAAUAUUAAAUUUUUGUAAAAAAUUAUCAAUAUUUAUUGUUAUUUAAACGAACGCAAAAUUUUGGUUUCACAUAAACUAAUAUAUAAAGAAGGAGAAACUAUGUGAAAAAUAUUUUUCGCAUACCCCGGCUUAUGUCGGGUGGUGUCAUACGUAGAAGUUUAAAAAUACGGUCGAAGCGCCAAUUUCACCAAUCACUUCAAACUGAGUUAUAAAACUGAUCUCGAUUAAACACGAAGCGAUUUCAGCAACACCUUAUGAGCGUUUUGAUGUAAACUGAGUUUACAUGUCAUAAACAAUAGAAUGUAUCAAACACCUGUCAGAACUGUCAUCGUUAAGUAUGCGCAAAAUCGAAAUGUCAAUGUUUCUAUUACGAUUACGACCGCGAUAGUGACAGCUCUUGAACGCCAUUAUAUAUGUUGAACAUCCUAAAUUUGUCGGUCAGCAUUUAAACGCGUUUGGGAUACAAUUGCGUUUAGUUUGUGUUGGUGAAAACAGAAUUGAAUCUAUAAAGUCGCUUACAGGCGUAAGCGUAGUUCAAAGUGUUUUAAUCGCUUCCUACUUUAAUGGUGAAAUCGGGCCUAUGUGGCAGAUGGCGCAGGCGGAUGUACACAAAUCGUAGAAAAAAUCCACACAUUUGCGCAUGAACGAUCAUUAGAAACUGAAUACACACACGUUACAACUACCCUCAUUUAUAAAAGCAUCAAUUAUAGAAUAAAUUUCUUGUUACAAAAGGCCUAACCCAAUUACAUUAAGUAUUAACUCAAAUCAUUACUGUGUACUGCAAAGUAACUCUUGUAAAUAUAUCUGAUUUGUCUAGAAAUACUUCAAAUGCGUUUAGCUUGGGCUGUUAAAGACAAGACGGGUAAAAAUAUAUUUAAUUUUAACUUACUUGCACACAGUUGUGGUUUUUAUUGUGACUAAUGGAUUUAGUUUCCUAGCGAUUGUGUUCCUUGCAACUUCAAUUAUAAUAUAGACAUAGAUAGUAUGACUCAAAGGGGCAAAACAUAAUAUAUAACACGGCUCAAGACCCCAAUGUUUCUGUAUCGAAUUAAUCGAAUUGAAACUUUAAUAUAAUGAUACUCCACACUGCCAAUUUAUCAGAUUAGCAUAAAUAAAUACUUUCAGUUCCAUUCCCUGAUAUGAUAAUGCUAAUGAUAGUAACUCCUUACGGCCCUUUUCAAUAUAAAAUCUGAAUCUUUUUUAAAUCCAGAUUCUGUGUCAUUCGUGGAUCGAUACUGAAUUUGCACUUUAGUAUGUCUCAUCUAUCCAUAUUAAUAGUCGAGUAAACGCUUACAUAUCAAAUUCAUACAAUUAUUAAAACUUAGAUCAUAUAUACGUCUAGAUAGACUGUCACAACUGAAAACGUCGAAAGGUUCACCUCCAAUUUGAGCAAUGCACGCACACUAACACAAAGUGACUUAAAAUCGCGUGUAAGACGUAGCUUGUCCUGCAUAUUGAAGUAAUAAUAAUAAAAAAAGUAAAAAUAAGCCUGGCCUGUUUGCAUUGGUUGUCCAGCAACAAGAGGCUCCAUCUAAAGGUAUUAAUUAUCUUAGUAUUAAUACAUCUUCCCAUAGAGGAUUCGAUAACAAGUCAUUAAAAGGUUCCACAGAUUAUAUUGAAAUGCAAAAAUCAGGAAAUCGGCCGUAAGUUACUUUGACUCUGUAAUAUGUUGGAAUAUUUACUUGGUCUCAUUGUAAAGUGAAUAAUUAAGUCUAUACUUAUUAUAAUAAACAUUAUAUAGUCUCUAUGUUGAUAUGCCAAUAAAAUAUGGUAAACUA